UCCUUCCCAUAUACAAUGUUUUCAGAUUUAAAUUUGGUGGGCGUCAGCCAUAGACACUAUCAGCGGUGUAAACGACGGGUCUUCCCAGUCAAGUUGUGGCAGCGUCAAGUCACGAUGGCUGCCCACAAGACUUUCCGCAUUAAGGUCAAACUGGCCAAGAAAAUGAAGCAAAACCGGCCCAUUCCACCCUGGAUCCGGAAUUGCACUGGUAACAAAAUUAGGUACAAUGCCAAGAGGCGCCACUGGAGGAGGACCAAGCUGAAGCUGUAAAUUAAUUUACAAAGUGUGGCCAUACUUCUGUGUGAACAUUUGCCACAGCUUUAGUGAACACAAAUAAAUUUAAUGGUACUCCAAAA